AUGGAUCAAUGGUUAAAUGCUUGUGUUGCUACAGAACGAGCAGUAACAAUAAUAAAAGCUACUUAUUUUCAUAAACAAACAAGUAAAAAAAUAGCAAAAAUAGUUAUUGUUAUCCUUGUAAUUUUUACUAUUGGUACUUCUAUUACUGAUCUUCUUUAUCGACGUUUAAUUGAUGAAGACACUGAAGAUUAUAAACGUAUAUGGUGUAUUGUUAGUUAUCCAUCUAGUUUAAAAAUAUUCAAUUUUAUUAUGCAUACUUUUCAUUUCAUGACUCCAUUUAUCAUUAAUUUGAUGUCAGCUAUUAUUCUUAUCACAAAAAAAUCUCGUCGACGAUCAAAUCUUCAAAUUAAUCGAAGUUUUAAAGAACUUUUAAAAGAACAAAUCCGACAACAUAAACAUUUAUUCACUGCUCCAGUUCUAUUAGUUAUUCUUGUAUUACUACGUUUAAUCCUUUCAUUUGUAUCAAAAUGUAUGAAAUCAACAAAUGAUGCAUGGUUAUUUCUUAUUGGAUAUUUUAUUUCAUUUAUUCUACCUAUGCUUACUUUUGUUGUAUUUAUAUUACCAUCAAAGUUUUACAAAUAA